UUGUGUGUGUAUAUACUGAAGAAAGUCAUUUAAUAUAGCGUCAUACGAAAAUGGUUGCUUAUUACGAUGAGUCUGCUGUUGACGGCAUCGAUCAGCCCAAAACGUUAACAUAUUGGGUGCGUAAUUUUCGCAUGAAACGUGUACAAAUGCGCCGUAAAAUGCGUGGCUCUGGCAGCCUACGUGUCAACGCCAUUUUGUCAACGGCGCUUUUUCAUGCCGAGCACGAAUUGCGCAGGAAACAACAGGAACGAUUCAGUCGUUGGCUCGACAUACAAACAAAAUUAACACCACAUGGCAGAACGCAUUGUGCGAGUGAUGCGGAUGAAAAAUAUCAGCAUAAUAAUUGUGAUGGUAAUGCGGAAAAGACUGCCGAAUUUGAGCGACGCAAUAUUGAAAAUAAUUUGUGGAGAAACGAACUGAGUGGCCUCGAUAAUUUUCUGAGCAGUUUGAGCAGCAGCAAAAGCAACAACAACAACGGAACGAACAAUGGGAGCAGCAACAAUUACAACAGCAACAAACAAAGCAGCUGCGCAAUUGCUGUCAGCAGUUAGCCUGAAAGAGACAACCGUAUUUUGACACUUCAAUAUUUGAGCAUAACUGUUUCUUUCUCAUUUCCUAUUUUGAUUUGUUUGUUAAAUUAGUUUUAUUACGCAAGAAAUUUCUCAU